CUAACAAAGCAAGUAAACUGUUGUAUUCAGGUUAAGAGAGGUCACCCGGAUAUGGUUCCCCCUAGACUGCAGUUAAGCCGGAUUGUAAUUACCAAGUUCAAUUUCUAGGAUAGUUAUACUGCGGAAGGUUCUUAAACAGCCUGAAGUCUCGACUAAAGGUCUUCAGACCCUCUCAAUCUGAGUCUCUAGCGGGCGACUAACCUCCACCGGAGUAAACAGAUUGAGGCCUUAACAAACAAAACCUCCACUACCGGAGUAAAUCCGGUACAGAAUAGUGAGUUGGCUCCUCGACUAAAGUCACCAACUCCCUACCUUCAAUCAAGGAUGCUCUAUCAACCUAGGCAGAUAUUCUCAUUCUAGGUCAAAGCAGAAACAACAGGAAUUUGAUCAGGAUUCAAGUCAUUCAAUCAUUCAAACCUCAAUCGAAUAUAAUCAAAUCAUAGAAUCAGUACUUGGGUUCAUACAAUCAAACCUAACAUACAAAUCUAGGGUUCUCCAUACCCAGAUGAAUGGGAGAACUACUCCAUGGAGAAAGAAGCAAAAGCAGAAUCAGACGCGGAAUUCAUACUGUGAAGGAUGGAUUCCUGCUCCUGGACGUUGAUCGGCACUUCUCCAAGCUCAAGCUGGCCUCCAAUGGUGUUGAAGAUCAAUCUAGGGCACUUGGAGACUCUUGUUCGUCGCUUUCUCUCUCUAGGAAUCGUUCUCUCUCUCAAAAACUCGAAUCCCCUUCUCUUUGGCUGAAAAUAUGCUUAAAAAGGCAUCAGUGGCCAAAACACGGUCGAGGGCACGACCGUGUAAUGCCUCAGCCCGCCCGUGUUUUGGCUAGGGUUAAUUACACGGCCUGUGCAUUGCGCGAAACACGGGCGUGUUUGGUGGUGGACACGGCCGUGCUUCUGCCCGUGUUUUUAGCCAAUGUCUGCCCAACUUGAAUUUGCUCUCGGCAGUAAAAACACGGCCACAGAACACGGCCGUGUUCUGUUUUAGGUCUGCCCGUGUUUUGGCUCCAGCUUGACGAAAUGACCUCUGAAUGCCCCGAAACUCGUGCUUAGCCUUUCCUUUGACGCCUAGGACCUGAAAUAUGACAAAAUAGCACAACCCGGCGUAAAAUAGGCCAAAAUACACGACUAUGCCUCUCAAACGGAUAAGAGUUAGGGGUGCAAAUACAUGCAAUUACAUCGUUAUCAAAUUCCCCCACACUUAACCGUUUGCUUGUCCUCAAGCAAACCAAGUCAGACACAAAGUAAGCUCAAAACAACAAGGCAUGAUAUAUCGGCACAAAACACGUGGAUCAUACUGGCUUUCGAUCAGUAAACAUGGACAACUUCAAUGACAACCUAGACAACCACCACAGAUGACAUUCGAGUGUAGUAAAAUUGAGCAAAGGAAGAGUCUCCCUUCUGUUCACCAACCAACAUAGACUUGACUCAACCACUUGUUCAAAACAGUCACAUCAUGCACAAAGUUCAAGAUAUCAGAAUUAAGAUCGAGCAAUCUAGGUCCUCACCGGGAUAAAGAGUAUAGAGAAUAAGAGAAAAUGAAUCGCUCACUCUCGACCAGUGGGGUCAGGACAAUAUGAUGUUAAAAAGUCGCAUGCUUAAUCUCUCAAUCCCUAACAUCUAUUCACCAUGAAUGCAGCCUCUAAGUGCUAGAGUUCACAUAUGGGGUGUCAUCACUAACUAAUCCGGAGGUCUUAGACACAGGUUCAGAUGACUGGCUAGGGUCUUGGACAUGGGGAAAAGGCCUUUUAGGUGGUGGAAGUAUUCAUACAGCACAAGGUUCCAAAUUUCCAAACCCAACAGAUUCACAAUCAAUCGAACCAAUAGGAUCAAUAGACUUCAUCCGUGGAGAAUAGGAUCAAUAGACUUCAUUAUCGGUGGAGAAUAGCCUCGGCCUGAUUUCGUGAUCUGUAGCCUCCAGAAUCGAAAGAAAAUGGCAUUUCGGAAAAAUCGCCCAAAAUCGGUGAUGGUACCCCUUUGCAAUCUGCCAAAAAUUGACCCGGAAUAAAUCCGCCCAAAUCGGUGCUUAAUGGACUUAGUCAUCGUUGAAGAAUAGUGUCAGGCCGAAUCCGUGAUCUGUAGCCUUCAAAAUCCAAAGAAAAUGGCCUCUCGGCGCCCACAAAAUUUCGAAAAUGCCAUACGAAAAUAAAUUGGCCCAAAUCGGUGUUUAAUGGACUUAUCAUCCGUGGAGAAUAGGAUCAAUAGACUUCAUUAUCGGUGGAGAAUAGCCUCGGCCUGAUUUCGUGAACUGUAGCCUCCAGAAUCGAAAGAAAAUGGCAUUUCGGAAAAAUCGCCCCAAAUCGGUGAUGGUACCGCUUUGCAAUCUGCCAAAAAUUGACCAGGAAUAAAUCCGCCCAAAUCGGUGCUUAAUGGACUUAUUCAUCGUUGAAGAAUAGUGUCAGGCCGAAUCCGUGAUCUGUAGCCUUCAAAAUCCAAAGAAAAUGGCCUCUCGACGCCCACAAAAUUACGAAAAUGCCAUCCGAAAAUAAAUUGGCCCAAAUCGGUGUUUAAUGGACUUAUCAUCCGUGGAGAAUAGAAUCAAUAGACUUCAUUAUCGGUGGAGAAUAGCCUCGGCCUGAUUUCGUGAUCUGUAGCCUCCAGAAUGGAAAGAAAAUGGCAUUUCGGAAAAAUCGCCCAAAAUCGGGGAUGGUACCCCUUUGCAAUCUGCCAAAAAUUGACCCGGAAUAAAUCCGCCCAAAUCGGUGCUUAAUGGACUUAGUCAUCGUUGAAGAAUAGUGUCAGGCCGAAUCCGUGAUCUGUAGCCUUCAAAAUCCAAAGAAAAUGGCCUCUCGACGCCCACAAAAUUACGAAAAUGUCAUCCGAAAAUAAAUUGGCCCAAAUCGGUGUUUAAUGGACUUAUCAUCCGUGGAGAAUAGGAUCAAUAGACUUCAUUAUCGGUG